CGCUUUCGCAUUUUGCUUUUGCCGCUUGCCGUGCGACACUUGAAGUGCGAAACUGAAUUUAAUUUGUGCCACUCGCAUUUCCAAUUACAUUUUCAAGUGAAUACCGUGUGUUGUUGUUUUUCUGUAUUAUGCAUGGAAAUUCGAGACGCUGGAAUUUAUUGAGCAAAACUUUGUAGUCAAGCAUAUCAACUUCAGAAUGAAUCAGAUUAUGCUGCCGCUGCUGCCAGCUCAACAAACAAUAUAGUAACUAUAAUAAGGAUGAAAUUGUUGCUCUUCAUAUUGUUGCUUUCCAUGGCAGCAACGGGUCACUCCAUGCAGCUGUAUCGUGUGCCCUUGCGUCGCUUUCCCUCCGUGCGUCAUCGCUUCCAGCAGUUUGGCAUACGCAUGGAUCGAUUGCGUCUCAAGUACAGUUCGAAGAGCGAGUCGGGUGCGGUUAGGAAUGUGGCGUUGAGCAACUAUCUGGAUGCACAAUACUUUGGACCAAUUAGCAUUGGCACGCCACCGCAAACCUUUAAUGUUAUCUUCGACACGGGCUCAGCGAAUCUGUGGGUGCCCUCGGAGAGCUGUUAUCACAAGUUGGCCUGCCAGAUACACAGUCGCUACAAUGCCAAGCGUUCGCACACAUAUCAGGCGAACAACAAACGCUUUGAUAUUCAAUACGGCUCUGGAAGUCUGGCGGGUUUCCUGUCACAGGACACGUUACGAGUCGCUGGACUGGAUGUGCGCAAUCAAACCUUUGCCGAGGCCACCGACAUGCCGGGUCCCAUCUUUCUGGCGGCCAAAUUUGAUGGCAUCUUUGGCCUGGCGUAUCGCGGCAUCUCCAUACAGAACAUCAAGCCGCCUUUCUAUGCCAUCAUGGAACAGCAGCUGCUCACACUUCCCAUCUUCUCGGUCUAUCUCAAUCGGCAUGCCAGCAGUCGCCAAGGUGGGUUUCUCUUCUUUGGCGGCUCCAAUCCACGCUACUAUCGUGGCAACUUUACUUAUGUGCCCGUGACGCAUCGUGCCUACUGGCAGGUGAGGCUGGAGAAGGCGAGGAUUGGGCAGCUGCAGCUGUGCCAGAAUGGCUGCCAGGUGAUCAUCGAUACGGGCACCUCGUUUCUGGCUGUGCCAUACGACCAGGCCAUACUUAUUAACGAGUCCAUUGGUGGCAUUCCCGCUGCCUACGGUCAGUAUACUGUGCCCUGCGAUCAGGUGGCUCAUUUGCCGCCAUUGAGCUUUGCCUUGGGCGGUCGUCGCUUUCAGCUGAGGGGCGAGGAUUAUGUGUUCCACGACAUCUUCGCUGACCGGACCAUUUGUGCGUCGGCAUUCAUUGCCGUCGAUUUGCCCUCACCGACGGGACCACUGUGGAUACUGGGCGAUGUAUUUCUGGGCAAAUAUUACACCGAGUUUGACAUGGGCAAUCAUCGCAUUGGUUUUGCCGAUGCCAAGGAUUGAUAACGUCGUCGAACGCUUUGCUCAUUAAAUGGCUGUCAUGACAGUAAACAUCAGGAAUUCCUGUAGCUGUGUGCUGUCAAAAAUCAAAAACAGUAUUUUAUUAUUUUAUUACCUGCGCCUCAGCAUCAACCUCAGCAAACAAGUAACAAGUAUACGUAGUGGAGCACAGUGUAUAGAGGCUGACGUCAAUGUCCGUUAAAUUGCGUGGGCGGAAGCUAAUCAAAAUUCGCUUGCAGGCACCAAAAACUGAAGAAGCCUGCGAAAAAAGAGAGCGAAACAUUUCAAAGUGGGUAGCUCUGUAGAGUUGGAGCUGUAAUUGAUUCGCUGGCAAAAUAAAAGAGCAGCCGCAAAACAAAAACAAAAAAUGAAACAAGAAUCCAAGAAACCAAAAAGAAUACACAAUGUCCUUAGCCGCAUGUUGAAAUCCAGUAAGCACUUUGUGAGCGCUUCAGCAUGAAAUAAAUAGCUUUAAGUUUA